ACCAGUUUUUUUCGUUGUAUACCAGUUGCUAAAACAGGCGUAGUGUAGUUUAUUUUCCUUGUAUACCAGUUGCAAAAACAGGCCAACACAUUGAAGCAAAACCACCACAGGUGCCAGGACAUUUAGGAGUGCAAUACUUACAAGUGCACCUGUGCACGGAGCAGCGAUUGUCCAGCUUUCGAUUGAUCUCCGAUACGCAAAAACGAAGGAAAACAACACCAAUACAAACGUCACAGAAGGCAUAGAGAGAGGAGAGAAGUGUUGUGUAUAUGUUGUGUGUAUUGUUGUAUUUGUAGUAGUAGGUGUGAGCUGCUGUAUGUAGGUGGAACUUAAAACUGAUAACAAGCUGUAGAGCAGUCUGUUCGUAAUAGCCAGAAGGCGCAAAGCACAGAGGCUGGAAUGCAGCUCGAUAUGGAUGGCAGGACAUUGCCCGGUCGUGGUAGCGGCAGCGGCAGCGGUAGCAUUGGCGUCGGCGUCAAUGGCGAUAGGGACAGGGAUAGCGGUAGCGGCACAACAACAUCCCUAAGAAGCAGAAGUAGCGGUGGCACCUAUAGUCAACAGAAUAUAAGCAUGAACUCCCUAAAUGAGGGCAUGGUUCAUGUUUACGAUUAUACCACCAAGAAAUACAAACAAUUUAUACGCAACAUGAAAUGCGAGGAGAUUUGUACAGCAAUGUGUCGAGAGUUGAACAUAAGACCGGUGGUCCAACUAAUCUUUGGCAUAUGCGAGCAUCGAGAUCCGCCUGCCAAAUCCAAAUCAAAGUCAAAAUCUAAUAACACAAACUCAGUUAGCAUGGGCUUUUGGAUACUGCCCGGAGAGUGUUUAUCUAACGAAUUGCGCUACUGUUUUCGUAUACGAUUCCGUAUGACCGAUAUGGAGAAACAAUUGCGAUUUAUUGAUCAGCAAAGCUUUAACUAUCUAUACUAUCAGAUGCGACAUGAUAUGGUGCAUGAGCAAAUCUCAGAGAUACGCUAUCCGGAUCACAAAAACAAGGUCCUUGGCCUGGCUGUCAUCGAUAUGCGCAUCGAUCUGGAGAGCCAGCCAUCUGCAGCUGAGGCCAUACAAAGGGCCUACAAAACAUAUUUGCCUCAUAGUCUAUGGAACAAUCAUGGCCUAUUCACACGCCCUCACAUCCAUAAUGUGUUUCAAGAGCUUAUUGCAUCGAGUUUAGAUUUUGCCGACUUUAAAUUUCAUUAUAUAUCCUCCAUAUGCAGUCUGGCACCGACUUAUAUGAUGGAACAGUAUCGGGCCAUUGUUGACGAGUUGCCAAAUGAGAAUUUCAAUAAUAUGAUGGAUUAUCAUGGAAUUACAAUCAGCACCAGCGCUAGCACAACCACAAGUCAUGGCAGCGGGAGCACAAGUAUACUCUCUAAUGGUACCAAUAGCACAACAACUCUCUCCACAUUGGCCCCUGCCAUCAGUUGUAAUGGCCUGGCAAGUGAUGCUGCCAGCGGCACAUCCAAUGCAUCAUCCACGAUAACAGGCACCAGCUACUCCGCGACUAAUUCUGGUAGCCGCAAAUUCAAAGGCCGUAGUCAAAAGAAAACCAAUGAUGUUAGGCCAAAAGGUAUUGAUGUUCUAGUUAGAUUAUGGUCACAUGAAUCAACUGAUCCAGGACUCAAAAUCGCUAGAGUUUCAGCCGUACCCAAGUGGUCUUUGGUUGCCAUUACGGAGGAUAUUAUAAUGAUAUCGCCAGAUGAAAAAGAAAAGAAAGUAUUAUUGGAAAUCAGUGGAAUGCAAAGUGGCUUUGAUAUGUAUUUUGAAACGGUGCAGGAAAUGAAGUCCUUUGUUUCCUAUUUGGGCAUUUAUAUGAGAUUGACUGGAAUAUGGUUAAGGGAUCUAUGUCUUCUAUACAAGACACCUUCGCUGGUAGAAUUAAGAGAACUAUCUUGUCAUGGCCCCAUAGGUGGUGCCUACUCCUUAAUGAAACUGCACGAGAAGAGUGAUAAAUGUGGCUCUUAUAUUAUCCGACAAUGUGAUCUGCAAUACUCUACCUAUUAUAUUGAUAUUAAUGUCAAAUGCCUGAGUGGUGUGCAUAAAAAUCAUCGCUUUCAAACGGAAACAUGGAAAAUACUACGAGCUGAGAAACAGGAGAGACAAUGGAUAUUGGUCCAAUCGAAUGGAGUGCAAACCGCUUUUGCCACAUUACAUGAUGUUGCGCUCUCCAUAGUGACCGAUAGUCUGGAACGUCGAUGUGUACCACCAUCAUUUCAUGACAAAUAUCCAUUAUUGUUAUUAUGUUUGCCGAAAAAUUUGAAAAACAAAAAGACUGAUAUACAAUUGAGCGAUUUCGAUUUGCGGCGUCGUAAUGCACAAUUAUUGAAUCCCUCUAAAGAUCUGCAAUGCUAUCCAGUUACAUGUGACAAGAGCAAUGAUAAUAUAAUGUUCACAAUGCGCGGUGAUUGGCUACAAAAGGGUUCAUUUAAGGAUGUACCGGUUACAUUAAAAAUUCUACGCAAUGAUGGCGAUUAUGCUGAAUUCAUUGCGAUGACUGGGAAAUGGGGUCUAAUCGAAUCGCCACAAUUUCUUAAAUUAUACGGCCUAACUCUGGCAAAUCCAUUGACCAUGGUCAUGGAAUAUGCCAGCUAUGGUCCAUUCGAUCGAUUUUUGAAAAAGCAACCGAAUGUUGCCCUAAGUAAUCUCAUUCAGGUAUGCCUUGGUUUGGCACGUGGCAUACACUAUCUGAGCGAAUAUCGAAUUAUUCACAAUUAUAUACGAUGUUCGAAUCUAUUCAUUACUGAAUAUAAACCGCCACAUACAUUGGUGAAAAUCGGUGAUCCUGGCUAUCCGAGACCAUAUCAAGAGAGCGACUUUGCUUGGAUUCCAACGAAAUUUUAUAAUAAUCCAGAAGCGGCCAAGGUUGAUCCCAGCACACAAAUUUGGGCAUUUGCCACAACAAUUUAUGAGAUAUUUUCGCGUUGCCGAGAGGAUCUAAAGCUUAUGACUCAGGCCACUUUGAUACAGAAUAAAACGCAGUAUGCUAACAUAUUGCCUGAGCUCGAUCCGCAAUUGUGCCCGCCUGAGAUCAGUGAAACAAUUAUGGAUGGCUGGAGCGAUGAUGUUGAAUCGCAAUUUCAUCUUCAAGUCAUUGUGACGCGACUCCAUGAGAUUAAGUGUCCUCAUACAGAGAUGUCUGAAAAUGAUUUAGCUUUCAGACCUGAAUACAAUGGCUAUAAUGAUUAUUAUGAUGAGAGUUUUAUGGAUAAUGGUGCCCAAAAUAAUGUUACUACAGAUGAUGCAAAACCGUUUGACUAUAUGCAUUUUCCCAUAGUAAUCGAGGUGAAUGGUGGCCGUGUGCGAUUUAAUAAGCAUUAUAAAAAUGACAAAAUUGGCGAAGGCCAUUUUGGUGUCGUGUACAAGGGUCGACUUGUCCGCUACGAUGGUUACGAUGAACCAGUGGCCAUUAAAAGGCUUCACACGAGAAAUAUAACGCCUGACUUUCAACGCGAAAUGGAUAUAAUGCAGGAUCUAAGUCAUCAAAAUGUUGUGGAAUUCAAAUUCUGGGCACCUCAAUUCAAUGCCAUUAUCAUGGAGUUUUUAGACUGUUCAUUUGAUGUCUAUUUGAGAAGUAGUCCAGAUUUGCCAAGGCGACAAUUGGAAUCCUAUGCCUUGGAUAUAGCCAAAGGCAUGGAAUAUUUAGCCGGAAGGCAUAUUAUCCAUCGCGAUUUGGCCGCAAGAAAUGUUUUGGUUGAUAUAAAUAGAAGUAUUGUGAAAAUCUCAGACUUUGGUCUAUCCCAGAGAGUUAAUGAAGCGGGUUAUUAUUUUGGAAAAACAGAGCGACACUUACCCAUCAAAUGGUAUUCGCCCGAGGCAAUUAAUGACCAAAAGCAUUCAAUGUAUUCAGAUAUAUGGAGUUACGGCGUUACCCUUUAUGAGACAUUUACCCGUGGAUCGCUACCAGAAUUGGAUCCCAUGGCAAAAACCGAAACCGAAUUCCUUACCCGACUUCAAAGGGGUGAUCGGCUACCGAGACCACAGCCAUUAGAAGCAUGUGCAGAUUUUGUAUACAAUGACAUUAUGUUGAAAUGUUGGAAUGAAGAGCCCAAAAAUCGGCCAACAUUCACAAUGAUUAUUGAAAUAUUUCGAAGGAACAAUAUUAUUGGAAUACCAGUUUCUGAAUCAUCACAACACCAACAGCAGCACCAUCACCAUCACCACCACCACCCACAACAACAGCAACACCAGCUUCAAAAUGGUAACAACAUCGAAAACGAUCAUUCAUUUAGAUCGGGCUUCGAUCGCAAUUAGAAGUAUAUAUUAAAUAUUUUUAAAUCGUAAAUUUUGCUAUAUAUAUAUAUGUACAUGUUUUAUUGUAUAAGUAAUUCGCUUACUGUUAAUUGGAUAUAUUCUAUUUUUGAAUCUGUUGUUGGCUUUUUGUUUUUUACACUAAAAGCAUAAAAUUUGACGCACGUGCUCUUAAAGAUCCUGUCCGAACAGAUUGAAUGUAAUAAUUUCAUUUAGCUAAGCUAUUUAAAUGUUGUAAAUAUCGGCGGGCAAUUACAUAAAUGGAUCCUCGUUAGGAAAUUUAAUUUCAUUUAAAAUAGGGCCAUUGCCCUUCCUCACCUACCUCGCUCCCUCCCUGACACCUUCAAUACCCUCUUUCAGUUUUUUGUCAUUCUACUACAGUCGCUCUCUCUUUGUAUUUCUUUCUCUAUCUCUCUCACUACCUUUUCAAUGAUAUAUGACAAUUAUUUUCAAGUACUUGUGCCCGUUUCUUUAAAAUAAUGCCUUUUCUUUCACAAUUUGUACAUUCCUCUGAAGAAUCAGAGGAAGCACGUGUCGGAAUGAUAAUGUUUUGUCAAAUUUGGCGUAAUUUUAUUGGAUGGGCGAUUUUUUGAUAUAUAUAAAUUCAUAUAAUUUUGUGUUCAAAGUUUUAAAUCACUUUUUCUUAAAUAUUAUUAGUCAUGUACUCAGAAUGUAAAUAAUUGUAAAAAAAAAAACAACAAAAAAACCAUAAAAAUGAAAGAUCAUAGGGAUGAGAAAUAUUUAAGCUUUAUCUACACUCACCCACACACACACACCUUAUUGACGAAUGCGGGCAAGUCCCAAGCCCAACAAAUUUUAUUAAAAAACAAGAAUCUAGGCAUAUAUUAUUUGUAUGUAUGUAAUAGUAUAUAAUUAAGUUAACUAUGUAAUUUUUAUCAAGCAUGUGCACAUAUAGUUUUUAAGCUAUGUAUGUCAAUUAUUAAUUAGAUCGAUCAGAAGAUGCCAUUUUUUCUUUCACUCUGUUUUUUUUUUUUUUUUUUUCUUUCAAAGCAACUUAUUAAUAAUGUUAACUAUUAUGAAGGAAAUAGGCAUUGCAUUUGCAAAUACGAAGAAUGCCCAAAAAAAUUGUAUGCUAAAAAAAAUAUAUCUAGAAACUCUGCCACGCUUCGCUGUGCCUGCCUUUGAAAAAUUAAAAUUGCUACUAUAAUUUGAGAUUUAAA